AGCACUUUAGUUUUCAUUCAUCAUUUCAUGUAUUGGAGGGUGAGAAUGGUUGUGUUUCUUGGCUGGACUCUGCUCUCUGUGUGCCUGCUGGUUUCUGCCUCGCAAGCCCAGAAAAACAUCCCAGCUGAGUCUGGACAGAACGUCACGCUGACAUGUCGAGCUCCAAACAACAUCCAGACUGUGGAGUGGAGCAGAGCUGACCUGGGAGGGAAAUAUGUUUUUUUGUAUCGGGAUGGGAGGAAAACGACAGUGAACCAGCAUCUAUCUUUUAAGGACCGGGUGGCUCUACAGGACAAACAGAUGAAGGAUGGAGAUGUGUCUUUGAUUCUGAAGGAUGUGACGAUUAAUGACAGUGGAACAUACAAGUGUCGUGUCGUUGAGACAGGAACACUUGGUUUGAAGCCCAUCAGCAUCAUCAGACUGAGUGUUGUUCCUCCAGGUCAGACAGGAGGACCAGAGAAGGAUGGAUCUGUUGGACUGAUAGUUGGUCUGGUAGUUUCCUGUGUCCUCAUUGUUUCUGCUUUUGUUGGGUUUGUGAUCUACAGGAAGCAUAAAGGAGAAAACAGUCAGGGUUCACACUAACCUCCUGAUGAUCUGCAGCACAUCCAGUAUCUCAGACCUCUGAACAGCUAAAUUUUGAGUCUCCUGCUGCUGUCCCAACUUCCAAAUGAUAUCAGUGAACAGGGGGACAGACACCAGGGACCUCACAAAGAAAUUAAUUAUGAAUUGUCACCAUGAAAUGUUAUUCUGUCUUAUCUCUGGGUAUGGAGAUGAUGGAAAGUCUUUGUGGAGAAGGCAGAGAAAAGAAAAUCUAAAAGAAAAGAGAGAAUUAUUGUCUAAUUUUGCUGCAUCCAGCUUACACAGUAAAAUUAGACUUGCCGUUGUUCAUAACUUCCAAUUUUAACAAAAACAUGGUGCUUCUGUUUAUUACUAAUGUUAUGGCUGCAGAUUAGUGUCUCACACUUUAACUCAGCACUUUAUCAGGCUUUAACACAGCCUGAUAAAGGAUACGUGGAAAUUGCUUCAGUUUGUCAGUAGAUCAAGUGUGAAAUGAAAUUAAUUUGACUGAUUCAACGGUCAUUCUUGGAGGUUGUUCAGCAGCUUAAAUGUGACCUAAAAGGAGACCAGAAUCAAAUGUAAAAACAUGUAUAUAUACAUGCACAUAUACAUGCACACUCCUGUGACAAUGUGAUGCUCAGUUUUCACUGCUGCAACCUUUGAGCUGGGCUCGAUUUAUGCUUGCACAUGUUAAAUGUAUCCCCACAUGAAUCUAUGUUGGCCUUCAGCAAAUGUUACCAUGUGUCAUGAGUCGCUGUGUGGCAGGCAGGAGUUGGACCCAAUAUGCAGGCACUCAGGCAUGAGGUUUAAACACAAAGAACUCAGCUUUAUUUGCUGGCAGGAGAAAGUCAUACAAAAGCAAACUAAACUGGAAACUCAUAAACUAAACUCACAGUGAGACACAGGGAGAUCCACACAGCAUGAGGGAAAUCAGAACUGACGAGACAAGGAAGCGUAAACUGAACACACUGAGAUAAGACAGAGACUUUUAAAGUAAAACUAGAAACACAUAACACAGACUGAACAAAAGACAGAGACUCACAUGCAGGCACUACAACAGAGGGAACAGAGACGUGGGACCAGGGCAGACUCAGACACUGACUGGACACGGGGAUAUAGCGGACAGGGGAGACAGCAACUAAGGAUUACACAGAGACAAACCAUAAGACU